GGAGUAAUAAAUUAACAUUUAGUUCAAUCAACAUUUGACAAAGUUGCUGAACGCAUACGCUAUAAAAUUUCAAUUUGCCACCUGGAUUUCUCUUUACUCUACCAUUUGACGAUCAGAAGACAGCUUGACUCAGUUCAAGAAAUUCAUUCGUCGCCAUGUUUUAGGUAAUAGUAAUAAGCAAGCCACACGUCAUCGCCUUUAGCAUUCUUUUAUUCGACAAAACUAAAAUAGUUUUUGAUCGGUUCCACAAUUCAUAAAAAAAAAAAAACCAGGUUUUUUCCAUAAUUGGGGAAAAAUGGAGGCAGAAGUGGUAGAGGUGCUGCUGCCCAAGAAGAAAGCGAAUUAUAUAUCGCGUGGAGAUUCUUGGAAUGAAGCGAAUCUGGAGCUGAAGAGCUACGGAUCAGGUCUGAAAUGGGUGUUUCUAGAUUAUUCUAGUUUGUGGCGAGCUGGGCUGUCGUGGUCCGUGUUUUUUGUGCUGAAUAUCGGCGUCCCGCUCGUAUCCCACUUCGUAUUCUCUUGUUCCGACUGCGAUCCCAGCCAUCAGAGGCCCUUCGAUGCAAUUACUCAGCUCUCUCUCUCGCUCUUCGCCGCCAUCUCGUUUCUCAGCAUCUCUUCCUUCUCGCGAAAAUAUGGUCUCCGUAGGUUCCUGUUUCUCAAUAGGUUGUCUGAAGAGAGUGACAAGGUUCGGCAACACUACACACUGCAGCUUCAUAGAUCGAUGAAGCUCCUGUCCGCCUUCGUCCUCCCCUGUUUCCUGGUAGACAGCGUGUACAAAAUAUGGUGGUUGAGCACAGGAGGAGAGCAGAUUCCAUAUGUGUACAACAUCUACUUGAGCAAAGUCAUCGUCUGCAUCCUGCUCAUGUGCUCCUGGCUAUACCGUAUUUCAAUCUGUUUCCUCGUCUGCGUCUUCUUCAGCCUCACCUGCUACCUUCAGCUGCUGAGAUUAGACGACUUCGCUCAAGUCUUCGAACGAGAAUCUGAUGUGGCCGCAAUCUUGGUGGAACAUCUCAGCAUCAGAAGAAAUCUCCGCAUCAUUAGCCACCGCUUUAGGCUCUUUAUCUUGUCCACUUUGAUCCUAGUCACCAUAAGCCAAUUCGCUUCCUUGCUCGUCACCACAAAGCCUAAAUCCAACGUUAACAUUGCCACAGCCGGGGAACUCGCGCUAUGUUCGAUCACAUUGGUAACAGGGCUGUUUAUCUGCUUGCGAAGUGCUGCGAAGAUCACACACAAAGCGCAAGCAGUUACGGCUUUAGCAGCCAAGUGGCAUGCGUGUGCCACCAUCAACUCCUUCGAUGACUUAGACGACGAAACUCCCUCUGCUCAGAUUACCCCAGCUGCGCCUCACGCGGAUUGGGAUACGGAUAAUGAAGAAGGAGAUGGAGAUGAUGUGUUGGAUAACACCAACCUAGUUCCAAUUUAUACACAUACUAUUUCUUACCAGAAGAGGCAGGCACUAGUGACAUAUUUCGAGCACAACAGAGCUGGGAUCACUGUGUAUGGAUUUAUGCUGGACAGAACUUGGCUGCAUACCAUAUUUGCCAUACAGCUUUCCCUCACGCUCUGGAUCUUGAACAAGACUAUUGGGAUUUCCUAAAUUUUAACAUUACCUCUAUGGUGUCUAAUGGUGAGGUUCAGUUUUGGUGAUUUUACUGAUUUCCAUAACAACUGCCCUAAUCAAUCAUUUCUGAAGCUUUAGUAGAAGAAGAGGUUUAGAGAUAUAUAUAAAGGCUUGGAUUUUGUUUGUACUUUUUUUUUUUUUGAGAAUUCUGUCUGAUUAAUUGCAGUACUAAAUGAUACUAGCUCCCUCCUAAUGGGUUAGUUGCA